CCGCGCCGGGGGCCCGUGCGUUCCUCGGGUCGCGAUGCCGGUCGGGAGCGGCAGCGCCGCGUCAUUGUCCCGGCCGGUCCAGAGCACCGGCGGCAGCAGCGCCGUCAGCAAGUGCUCGGCGGCAGCGCGGGGCUACAUCCAGGACCGGUUCCUGCGGCUUCUGGCGGGGCGGCGGCGGCGGCGAGCGCCCCUUAUCCACCGGGGUUAUUACAUCCGUGCCCGUGCUGUGGAUCACUGUGUUCAGGACUUCCUGCUGAAGACACGAAGCCUACCCAGGACACAGAUCCUGUCUUUAGGUGCUGGCUUUGAUUCCUUAUACUUCCGUUUGAAGGAUAUGGGUCUUCUGCAUCACACUGUGGUAUAUGAGGUAGAUUUCCCAAAUGUGGCAUGCCAAAAAGCUACUCUGAUCAAAGGAGUGAAAGAGUUGUCAGCACUGGUGGGAGACACUGCAGGGGAAGGAUUAGGAGCUAUUACCUUUUCUGGAGAUGAUUAUAAAUUACUGGGAGUGGAUUUAUCAGAGCUGUCUGAGCUGGAGAGAACCCUGGAGGAAGCAGGACUGAACAAUGAAAUUCCCACCCUCUUCAUCGCAGAGGUGGUGCUCACCUACAUGGAGGACACCAGGUCAGACGCCUUGAUUGAGUGGGCAGCAGAGCAUUUUCCUCAGGCAUGCUUCCUGCUGUAUGAGCAGGUGCACCCCGAGGACCCCUUUGGACGCGUGAUGCAGCAGCAUUUCAGGCGGCUGAGCACCGCGCUGCGCUCGCUGGCGCGCUACCCCGACUGCGCCGCUCAGCACGGGCGCUUCCUGGGCAAGGGCUGGACUGAAUGCAGUGUCAUGGAUAUGAAUGAGUUUUUCACCUGUUGUAUUCCAGAAGAUGAGCAGCAAAGAGUGCAGACUCUGGAGCCUUUUGAUGAGUAUGAGGAAUGGCAUCUGAAAUGUUCUCAUUACUUCGUGUUGGCUGCAUCAAAGGGGAUGGAACCUUCCUGGACUCCGUUGUCACCCAGUGUGACAGUUGCGUUUCACACUGGUCCCGUUGAGGUGGCAGGGAGUGUCCCUGCAGCAGUGUGUGCAAGGCUCUCAGGAGUUCCUGGCCUGAGACGUUAUGGUCACCACUCUGUUCUUAUAAAGCCCAACGUGAUUCUCACCACGGGAGGCUUUGGGGAGGAGAAUGGACAGCACUGCCGCGUGAGAAAUUUCCACGUGCUGAGUAAGCAUGCAGGCCACUGGGAAGCUGUCUGUGUGACACAGAAUACUCCUGAUAAAAGAUGGGGUGAGAGGUUGUACCAUACUGUGUCUUGUCUGUCGGACACUCUGGCUCUGGUGGUAGGAGGACGAACAUCCCCAUCGAGCACAGGCUUAGGAAUGUUGUGGCUGAAGUUCUCCAAAACCUGCGGUGCUUCAGGCCCAGAUGACGUUGCACUGGAGCUUGUAAGUCUGCAGCCUGCUGCUGAAGCAGCAGCUUUGCGUUGGAGACACAGCACAACUGAAGUUACAUUCAAAGGUGAGCAGUACCUGUUUGUGUAUGGUGGCCGCUCUGCUCUGGAGCCUGUGCUGGGCGAUUGGUAUUUCCUGCACGCUCCAGAACUCUCCUGCCCUGCGAUUGCUGUUGAGGGUCCAGUCCCAGAAAGCCGCCACUCUCACAGUGCCUGCAGCUGGGAAGGAGGUGUGCUGAUUGCAGGAGGUCUGGGAGCAGCUGAGCAGCCCUUGGGUUCAAUUUUCCUUCUGAGGGAGCUUGAACAUGGCUUUCAGUGGCAGACAAUUGACACACACCCUCCUCUUGUCCCAAGGUAUUCACAUACUGCACAUGUGCAUGAAGGAAAGCUUCUGCUCGUUGGUGGAGUGUGGUUUCAUGCAUCCUCGGUGCCAGGUGUCACUGUCAUCGACUUAAUGACUGGUCUUUGCUUGAACUAUGUGAUUAAUGUGGAGCACCUGGAGUGGCCAUUAAUGCUACAUAAUCAUAGCAGUGUCUUUCUGCCACAUGAGAAGGAGCUGUUGGUUAUUGGCGGUGGUGGAAACUGUUUCUCCUUUGGGACACACUUGAACCCAGAGCCUGUCUUGCUGACCCUCAGCAGCAUCCUGACCAGUCACUGAGUGGGACCAAGCAGGGCUGAACCCUGCUACUGCACUGUGGGGAGACAUCUGUUCACUCUAGGUCCAAAAGCAGCACAAUAUUUCCACAAAGGCUUUGUAUCCAGAAUGCAUUUGUGAAGAUGGGAUCAGGAAGGACAGUUACAGUGAGAGAUUCACACCUCACUGGCUGUUGCGUUUUUACGGCUCUUUGUGUUGCUGUAAAUAAAGUACCUCAAAAGCAGCUGGCGGCAGGAGUCCUUAGAGGUGAAGAACAGCGUGGUUUGGGUUGGAAGGCAUUAUGAAGAUCAUCCUGUUCUACCCCCCUGCCAUGGGUAGGGAAAUCUUCCACUAGACCAGGUUAUUCCAAGCCCCAUCCAACCUGGCCUUGGACACUUUCCUGGAUGGGGCAGCAACAGCUUCUUGGGGCAACCUGUGCCACGGCCUCACCAGCAUCACAGGGAAGAAUUUCUUCCCAAUAUCCAAUCUAAACCUACUCUGUCUCAGUUAGAAGCCGUUCUCCCUUGUCCAGUCACUCCAGGCCCUUGUAAAUAGUCUCUCUCCAUCCUUCUUCUUGGCCCCCUUCAAGUACUGCGAGGCCACAAUUAGGUCACUUCAAAGCUUCUCUUCUCCAGGCUGAACAAUCCCAAUUCUCUCAGCCUUUCCUCAUAGCAUAGAGGUGCUCCAUCCUUUUGAUCAUCUUGGGGUCUCCUCUGGACUCUGCAGCAGCUUCAUGUCUUUCCUGUGCUGGGACCCCAGAGCUGCAGGCAGCACUGCAGGUGAGAUCUUACCAGAGCAGGGCAGAAGUGAAGAAUCCCCCCCUCCCCUGCGGCUCACACUGUGGGAUCAGCCCCGCACACAGGGCCAGGGCGUGUCCAGCCUUUCAUUCACCAGCAUCCGCAAGUUCUUGGCCAAGGCUGUUCUUGAUCUCUUCAUCCCCCAGCCUGGUUUGAUACUGGGGAUUGUCCUGAUCCACAUGCAGCACCACCACUUGGUUUUGUUAAACCUCAUGGGCUCCCACAGGCCCUCUUCUUGAGCUUAUCCAGGUCCCUCUGGAUGGCAUUUGGUCCUUCAGGAUGUGGAGCUGCUAGAAUGAGUCCAGAGGAGGCCACAGAGAUGCUCAAAGGCUGGAGCCUGUGUUCUGGAGACAGUCUGAGAGAGUUGGAGGUGUUCAGCCUGGGGAGGAGAAGGUUCCAGGGAGACCUUAGAGCCCCUGACUUCAAGAGAGCUGGAAACAGACUUUGGACAAGGGCCUGGAGUGCCAGGACAAGGGGGAAUUGCUUCCCUUUGACAGAGGGCAGGAAUAGAUGGGAUAUUGGGAAGGAAUUGUUCCCUGUGAGGAUGGUGAGGCCCUGCACAUGUUUCCUGGAGAAGCUGAGGCUGCCCUUUAUUUGUAAGUGUCCAAGGCCCGGUCGGAUGGGGUUUGGAGCAACCUGGUCCAGUGGAAGGUGUCCCUGCCCAUGGCAAGAUGAUGGUACUUGAUCUUUAAGGUCCCUUCCAACCUUAACCAAACUGUGAUUCCAUGAUGAGUGUCUUGACUGACUGCACAUCACUUCUUGGGUGCAGAGCAAUUGUUAAUAUUAACUUUGUUUUCCUUCUCUCUUUCUUUUCUUUCAUCCAAUAUUUUUGGAAUUUGUUUCUAAAUAUUGAAUUAUCUCACUUUAUUAG